AUGAAAAGUCGAUGUGGUAGUGCUUCGAAUCCAUCGAAGAAGGGAACACCAAAAUCGUGGAAAUCGGCAACACCACUGCGGCCAGUUAAUCAAGCACUUGUUUCAUGUAUUGAUGAAGUGCAUGCCACGUUCUGUCGGUGCUUUACACGAAUUCGUGUAUUUUGCGACAUUACAGGAGCAUAUCGGAAUUCCAUUCGCACGAAACCUUUGGAAAGUUCUAAUCGGUAUUCGACUGUAUCUGAAAAAGAGAAUCAUCUAAAUACGCAGGAUAUAACUCAAACACUUCAUAAGAAAGCGAAGCCUACUGCAUUUAUUAGUGAUGAGUUAUCAAGUUAUGAGUUUACACGGAAUAGUGAUUUGAAAAAGACUUUGUCGCAUGUGGAGGAAAAAUUUACUAGCGCUGCUGAAGAACUUCAAGCUGCGGAAGAAGAGCUAGCAGAACUGAGGGUUGCUUUGAACAAAGCUAAAGGAACGAUCAAGAUUUUACGUAUAGAAAACGAGGAGCAAGCGAAGAAAAUCGAAUUUUUGGCUGCCAAUAAGCAAAAAAAGAAUCUUACUCUGAAUGAACGUAAUAAAGAAGUAUCGUCUGUGGAGCGUAUUUCAAACAAAGAUCUUCAAAUACUGGUUAAUAAACUCAAGGAGGAGAAAAUGGCAUUGAAUUUGGCUUUAGAAAAUAGUAAAGCCGAAGAAUCAAGAGUUGUACUUGAGAAUAGUCGUUUAAAAGUGAUUAUUGAGGAAGAACGUAGAGAAUGGGAUCAGAUGCAGAAGGACCUGCUCGUUACCGUAAAAGUAGCAAAUGAUUUUAAAAUAGAAGCACAAAAGGAGAUGUUAAAACUAUCGAAUAGGAUAACGGAAUUACAAAGACGACGACAGAGUGCCGCAUUUACUGCCCCUCAAGGAUCGUCAGCGGCCUUGUACGAAAAAAAUUUUCAAAGCUGGGAAGAUAAAGCUUGGCACAGAUUGAUGCUUGGUUGUGAACGUGGUUCACGUCGUAAUACACUCCUUCGAUGGUGUCAAGAAGCAGUUGCUAAAUUUUCACACAUUGAAAUCACCAACUUUAGCAGCAGUUGGGCUGAUGGCAAAGCUCUGUGUUCUUUAUUGGCUUCUUUUUAUCCUAACAAACUGAACAUAGAUGAAAUCUUCACUUUAGAAGCAGAAGAAUGCCUGAAGCUAGCUAUCGGAGUUGGUGCUGAUAUAGGCAAAUAUUUUGAUCUAGUACUGCUCUCAAUUCGAGCUGAAGCAGGCAGUAUACUGUUUGAAAAUGUUUUAUGA